UUCAGUGUACCACAGCUUAGUAGUCAUGUCGGCGCUAAAGACAGAGCGUUCACCGUCAAAUUAGUGAAAUAUCUGUACCAAACAAUUUGUUCUUUUUUUUUUUUCCUCUAAGGAAAACACAUGUUGAGAGUAUGCGUUGAAGAAAAGCGAGGUGUUCGUUUCAGUAUUGAUUUAUUUGAAAGUUAUCUGUGUGAGCCAUGGCAUCACUCUCAGAGGAGGUGCUCCUGGUAGUGAAAAAGGUUCGCCAGAGGAAGCAGGAUGGCACACUUUAUCUGAUGGCUGAACGUAUAGCCUGGGGACCGGAGGGCAAAGAUCGCUUCACAGUCAGCCACUUGUACGCAGACAUUCGCUGCCAGAAGAUAAGUCCAGACGGUAAAGCCAAAAUUCAACUCCAGCUGGUCCUUCACACAGGAGACAGUAGCACAUUCCACUUUGUCAACGAGAGCACGGCACUCAAAGACAGAGAGGCUGCGAAGGAACUGCUGCAGCAACUACUGCCCAAGUUCAAGAAGAAGGCCAACAAGGAACUGGAGGAGAAAAACAGGAUGCUUCAAGAAGAUCCAGUUCUUUUUCAGUUAUAUAAAGAUCUUGUGGUGAGUCAAGUGAUAAGUGCUGACGAAUUCUGGGCCAACCGGUUAGGAGACAUAAACAACUCGGACCCUGCUUUAUUCAACAACAAACAGGAAGUUGGUAUAUCAGGAGCCUUUCUGGCAGACAUUAGACCUCAGACAGAUGGCUGCAAUGGUUUGAGAUAUAAUCUGACGGCUGACAUUAUUGAAUCUAUCUUCAGAACAUACCCUGCAGUGAAGCAGAAGUACAGUGAAAAUGUGCCUCAUAAUCUGACGGAGAAGGACUUCUGGACCCGCUUUUUCCAGUCCCAUUAUUUUCACAGAGACCGCAUCAACACAGGAACUCAGGAUAUCUUCUCAGAGUGUGCCAAGCAGGAUGAAAAGGGUUUAAAGUCUAUGGUGAUUCAAGGAGUAAAGAAUCCGCUGGUCGACCUCCUGUCCUUAGAGGAUAAAACAUUGGACGAGGGUUAUGGUGUUUCUGCAACUGCAGGCUCAACUUCUAAUGCUAACAGGACGGUUAAAGAGAGCAGCAACGCUGCAAUUAUUAAACGCUUCAACCAUCACAGUGCUAUGGUGCUAGCAGCAGGCUCACGAAAGGGGGAAACGCCAACCGACCAAGCAAGUGAGACAAGCAGUACAGAUGGAAACUCGAGGGAUUCUGACUUCUUUCAGCCACCAGUAAAGAAGGUUAAAUUACAAGAAGCCAUUGAAUAUGAAGAUCUGCAAAGGGAGAACAGACCAAAAACAGUUGCGUUAAACCUCAAAAAGUCUGACAGGUAUGCUCAUGGUCCUGUGCCACUUCAGUCCCAGCAGUAUUCAACAAGCCAGGAUAUCAUCAACUCUGUCAACUGCAUCCAGAAUGAGAUGGUCAAUUACAAACCCAACCUCACUCAAGUGUUGUCCAGUCCUGCAGCAACUUCUGCCAUUGCUGCACUCUCUCCAGGAGGCGUCCUCAUGCUGGCAGGAGCACAACAAGCCAUAAAUCAGAUGGUACCCACUGAUGUUCAAGGAGAGUUAAAGCAUCUUUAUGCAGCUGCUGGAGAGUUGUUGAGACAUUUCUGGUCCUGUUUCCCCGUUAACACCCCCUUUUUAGAGGAGAAGGUGAUGAAAAUGAAGUCAAACCUCGAGAGAUUUCAGAUGACCAAGCUUCGUCCUUUUCAGGAGAAGAUUCAGCGUCAGUAUUUAAGUACAAAUCUCACAGGGCAUUUGGAGGAGAUGUUGCAGACGGCCUACAACAAGUUCCACAUCUGGCAAACCCGCCGCAUGAUGAGGAAAACCUGAGGUCUGAUGUUUUGUCAGAGAGAGGACAAGAAAGACAUUAACGUAUUCGGACUAAAAGUCUGUGAAGACUCUCCAAACUUGAAGAGACCACAGCUGGCCUGAGGAGACGUGGUUCGCAGUGGGCCUCGUAUGGAUAAAGAUGGAUGCUGCUACAUCCCCAACCGUUCAACAGAGACUUAACUGCAUCUCAGUUAUGAAUAACUGUAAUUAGUUUCUUUCUUGUUUGUUUGUUUGUUUUAUUAAAUGGUUGGGAGAUCGCUGCAGGUUAAAUGGGACUUUAAAGUGUUGUAGUAUGACCAAAAUUCAGAUGGACGAUCACAAAAGACACUCAGGACAAGAGGCUACUGUUUGAUGUGCAACAGAGAGCUGCCAACAUGUUUUUUCACUGUUGCACAGAGUACAGUGAGAGAGCUUGGACAUGAAAAGAGCCCCCUUUUGAGCACUGGGUCCAUGUGUGUGGGGGGGAAAAAAGGCAAAGUGAAUAGCAAUACUGUAAAGACAUUUCACACUCAAGUGCAUCAGUGUGUAUGGCUCUUAUCACACUGUCACUGGUUUGUAAUGUCUGCACCCUCUGUCUGCACUGAACAUACAACUGUUAUAAUCUGACUUAAAGUGAGAAAGCUUUUGCUAAUGUCUAUUAAAAUUGCAGUCUCUCA